GAGGGGCUCGGCGGGCCGGAGAGGCCCAGGGUCAAGACGUCCGGCCUCGGGGGCCAGGGCUGGGCAGCUGGGUGCCCUGGGCGGCGCUGAGCGGGCGAGUGGCGAGGACCCAGGUCCCAGGGCACUCAGGCAGGGUCUCAGGAUCGUUCACCAUCGCCACCGCUGCUGCACUGGGAGCUGGCGGGGAUGGAGCGGGAGGCGUCGCCGUGGGGUCUCGAGCCCCGGGAUGUGCAAAGUCCUGACGAAAUGGGGAGCCCCGAAGGGUCCCUCAAAGGCAACUCGAGUGAGAAUGAGGAAGAGGAAAUUUCUCAGCACGAAGGCAGUGGGGACUAUGAAGUUGAAGAGAUACCUUUUGGGCUUGAACCCCAAAGCCCCGGGUUUGAGCCACAAAGCCCAGAGUUUGAAUCCCAAAGCCCCAGGUUUGAGCCUGAAAGCCCGGGGUUCGAGUCCCGAAGCCCUGGGUUUGUGCCCCCAAGCCCCGAGUUUGCACCCAGAAGUCCUGAAUCAGAUCCUCAGAGCCCUGAGUUUGAACCCCAGAGCCCUAGGUAUGAACCCCAAAGCCCUGGCUAUGACCCUAAGAGCCCUGGUUAUGAACCCCGGAGUCCUGGCUAUGAACCCAAGAGUCCUGGCUAUGAACCCAAGAGCCCUGGUUAUGAAUCCCAGAGCCCUGAAUUUGAAUCUCAGAGCUCCAGGUAUGAAUCCCAGAGCCUGGAAUAUGAACCCCCAAACCCUGGAAUUGAACCCCAGAAUCCUGGGUUCAAAACCCAAAGCCCCGAAUUUGAGGCUGAAAGUUCUAAAUUCCAGGAAGGUGCAGAGAUGCUUCUGAACCCAGAGGAAAAGAAUUCCUUGAGUAUCCCCUUAGGAGUUCACCCCCUGGACUCCUUCACUCAGGGGUUUGGGGAACAGCCUACAGGAGCCCUGGCCCUGGGGCCACCUUUUGAAAUGCCUACGGGGGCCCUGCUGGCAACACCCCAGUUUGAGAUGCUCCAGAAUCCCUUGGGUCUGACAGGGACCCUUCGGGGCCGGCGGGGCGGCAGGGCCAGGGGUGGGCAGGGCCCUCGGCCCAACAUCUGUGGAAUCUGCGGGAAGAGCUUUGGGCGGGGCUCCACCCUCAUCCAGCACCAGCGCAUCCAUACCGGUGAGAAGCCCUAUAAAUGUGAGGUCUGUAGUAAGGCCUUUUCCCAGAGCUCUGACCUCAUCAAACACCAGCGCACCCACACGGGCGAGCGACCCUACAAGUGUCCCCGUUGCGGCAAGGCCUUCGCUGACAGCUCUUACCUGCUUCGCCACCAGCGCACCCACUCUGGCCAGAAGCCCUACAAGUGCCCCCACUGUGGAAAGGCCUUCGGCGACAGCUCCUACCUCCUGCGGCACCAGCGCACCCACAGCCACGAGCGGCCCUACAGCUGCCCUGAGUGCGGAAAGUGCUAUAGCCAGAACUCGUCCCUGCGUACCCACCAGAGGGUGCACACCGGGCAAAGGCCCUUCAGCUGUGGCAUCUGCGGCAAAAGCUUCUCCCAGCGGUCGGCACUUAUCCCCCAUGCCCGCAGUCACGCCCGCGAGAAGCCCUUCAAGUGCCCGGAGUGCGGCAAGCGCUUUGGCCAAAGCUCUGUGUUGGCCAUUCACGCCCGCACCCACCUGCCAGGCCGCACCUACAGCUGCCCCGACUGUGGCAAGACCUUCAAUCGCUCCUCCACGCUGAUUCAACACCAGCGCUCACACACGGGCGAGCGGCCUUACAGGUGCGCCGUGUGCGGCAAGGGCUUCUGCCGCUCUUCCACACUGCUGCAGCAUCACCGGGUCCACAGCGGGGAGCGGCCCUACAAGUGCGAUGACUGUGGAAAGGCCUUCUCUCAGAGCUCCGACCUCAUUCGCCACCAGCGGACCCACGCGGCUGGCCGGCGUUAACCCGGGACCCAUCAGGGGUGGGGAGGCGGUGGGCAGAGGAGAAGGGGACCGGGAGCUAGAGAAACCUUUAGAGAGGUUAGUGGAAGGGUUGAAGGAGAAUGGAAGAAUUGAGCAUCCUACAAGAGGGCCAGGGUGCAGGAAGUUACAUGCCCUGGAGACUUAUGGGAAAUGGGCUAUGAAGAGGGAUUGGAGGGAGGCCAAACAGGCAGCAGGAGGCACUGGGAGAGAUCCAGAAAGAGGUCAGCAGAGAACUGGCCUCAGCAGCAUGCUCCUUAGUGGGUGCCUGGCUUGGCAAAGUGCUAGAUGGG